AUAGACGAAACAAAGAAGGCCAAGAGGGGAACAAAAACCAGGAUGACGAGUGACCGUGCACAGACCCUCGGAAACAUCGGCGGAAAACAAACCUUGGUCUCAAAUUCUGAAAUUCCUCUCCGAUAUGUCCGUCUCCAUGUUGAAAGUGUAAGAGAGAUAUUUGAAGUUUGCUUGCGUGCAGCUCUAGGAGGGAUCUGGGCUCCAUAGUGACACAGCUGUUACAGUUUUAAGGGAAUCCCUGUGUUCAGUGCCCAGCACUGACUAUCUUGAAAGGCACAUUAAAGGAAUGUUAAAAUGGCCAACAAGGGGAAACGUUUUCAGCUUCUGUCAAAAGUAUUUGUUCUGCUAAACUUUAUGACACUGCAGGUCCAUACCAUAGAAACAGUGAACCUUGUGGACUUCUGUGGGCAGACCAUCCGGAGGGAUGGGAUGAUCGUCAACUCUCACCGUGAGUCGCGCAAGUACUACUUUGUCACCAUGGGAACGGACUGCCACCUCACCAUGCAGGCCACCUCACCCAAGGACAAAGUGCAGUUCUACUUCCGCUUCUUCCUGGUGUACAGCUUGCUGCGGGUCAACCAGCCCACCACCCAACCACAGCCCAGCCCCAGCAUGGCCCUUCUAACCGCAAACCCCAGCAAGAGGCCUCCCACCUUGCCCACCCCAGCGGAGGAGGCCGCAGACCCAUGUCACCUUGGUUCUUAUGUGCAAUUCUACGACGGGAAAGACAGGAACGCGCAGCCUAUUGGCGCUCCUCUGUGUGGUAAAAGCCUCCCCAGGCCCAUUUUGUCCACCGGGAACUAUCUGACACUCAGGCUUGUGACACGGGGACAGCAACCAAGGGUGGACUUUGUGGGCGAUUUUACAUCAUUUAGACUAGGGUUUAACCAGUCCGAGUGCAGUGGCGAGCCUUAUUUCCCGUGCCACAAUGGGAAAUGCAUACCCAUGAGUCUGGUUUGUGAUGGUAAAGACAUAGAUAACUGUGGAGACGGCAGUGACCAGUCAUCUCUCCUGCCAGCUAAAUGCAAAGGUACCUUCUCCACAGACCCUGAGAAACUUGAUGCAAUGACCAGAACCCCACCCUCUUCCCCUACCAGCCAAACCUGCAGCACCCAGUCUCACGGCAACAUGCCCCAGCCCGAUACCAUCACAGAUAAUAAAAGGCAUGUGUCUCUGCUGGCCCUCUACAUCGCUCUGGGGGUGAUCGGGGGCGGGUUGCUGCUCUUCUGGUGCUGCUGGUCUCCUGGCUGGUUUGUGUGGAGAGUGAGCGCGUGCAGACUCAUGCCAUGCUGUAACUCCUUCUGCGCCUCCUGUCAGCUCUGCACACAAAGCUGCUCACGCAAGGACCACCGCCUGGCCAAAGUAACACCACAGAGCACUGCCACCAUCGCCAUGUAACACCAGCAGGCCCUCUGCAGGGAAUAAGAACCAACACAAUGCCUGU